UUUUUUGAUGCAGUCUUACCAGUUGAGUCAAGCCCGCAGCAAAAAUAUAUUUCGUCGCCUGAGAGAUUCGAACUCUCGCGGGGAAACCCCAUGUACUUAGCAGGCACACGCCUUAACCACUCGGCCAAAGCGACGGUUGAUGACAGAUUCUUUGAUAGGUUCUCUUUCAGGCGGGCACUAAUUUUAAGCCAAACGUUUAUGACCGUUGGCCCUAUUACACAAAAACAGUCAGUGUUACUGUCCCAUUUUCAUGGAUGAAAUCCAGAUGGAUCUUCCACAAUCUCAGCUCCCAACUUCCCUCUUGGGUUUCCAAUCUCCUCUCUCCAUUCAAAACCCAAACCCACCAAAACCCACUUUCAGAAUCCUCCAAAUUUGUCCUCAACCAUGCAGACUUAAGCCUCCUCUUAUCCAUUUGUGGAAAAGAAUGUCUUCUCCGUUUGGGUUCUUCCAUCCAUGCCUCCAUCGUAAAAAAAUCUGAAUUCUUAGACCUUGAGAACCGGGUUAGUACUCGAAGUGCACUUGUUGUUUGGAAUUCUCUUCUGUUCAUGUACUCAAAAUGCGGUGAACUGUCAAAUGCAGUUAAGCUGUUUGAUCAUAUGCCUGUGAAAGAUACUGUUUCGUGGAAUACGGUUAUGUCUGGCUUUUUAAGGAAUGGGGAGUUUGAUAUAGGUUUUGGGUUAUUUAAACGAAUGCGUGAUUCCGGCUUAUAUCAAUUUGAUAAAGCUACUUUGACUACAAUUUUAUCAGCUUGUGAGGGACCAGAGUUUUGUUAUGUGAGUAAAAUGAUACAUGCUUUAGUAAUUUUAAAUGGGAAUGAGCAGGAACUAACGGUGGGAAAUGCUUUGAUAACAUCAUACUUUAAAUGUGGGUGUAUUUGUUCAGGAAUGCAGGUUUUUGAUGAAAUGCUUGAAAGGAAUGUUAUUACUUGGACGGCUGUGAUCUCGGGCCUUGCACAGAAUGAGUGCUACGAGGAGAGUUUGAAACUUUUUGUAAAGAUGCGGUGUGGAUCAGUGGAUCCAAAUUUAUUGACAUAUUUGAGCUCACUCAUUGCAUGUUCAGGUUUGCAGGCAUCAAGUGAAGGGCGUCAAAUUCAUGGGCUCCUUUGGAAAUUGGGAAUUCAAUCAGAUUUGUGCAUUGAGAGUGCACUAAUGGACAUGUAUUCAAAGUGUGGAAGCGUAGAAGAUGCAUGGAAAAUCUUCGAGUCUGCGGAAGAACUUGAUGAGGUUUCCAUGACUGUUAUCCUUGUGGGUUUUGCACAGAAUGGAUUUGAGGAAGAAGCUAUUCAGAUAUUUGUUAAAAUUAUUAAGUCAGGUAUUGAGGUUGACCCAGACAUGGUUUCUGCUGUCCUUGGGGCAUUUGGAGUUGAUGCUUCUUUGGGUCUUGGUACACAAAUUCACGCUGUAGUUAUCAAGAAGAACUUCAGUGAUAAUACUUUUGUCAUCAAUGGACUUAUAAACAUGUACUCCAAGUGCGGGGAUUUGGAGGAUUCAAUCAAAGUCUUCCAUCGGAUGUCUCAAAGGAACUCAGUCUCAUGGAACUCUUUAAUUGCAGCUUUUGCUCGUCAUGGGGAUGGCUCCAAGGCACUAGAAAUGUAUGAUGAGAUGAGGUUGGAAGGCAUACAGCCAACGGAUGUUACAUUUCUGUCUUUGCUCCAUGCUUGCAGCCAUGUUGGCUUAGUUGAAAGGGGAAUGGAGUUGCUGGAAUCCAUGGCUAAAGAUCAUGGGUUGAGUCCAAGAUCAGAACACUAUGCUUCUGUUAUUGACUUGUUGGGUCGGGCUGGACUUCUUACUGAAGCAAAACAGUUUAUUGCCAGAUUACCUGAGAAUCCUGGUAUAGAGGUUUGGCAAGCAUUGCUUGGUGCUUGUAGCAUUCAUGGCAAUUCAGAGAUGGGAAAGUAUGCUGCAGAUCAGUUGUUUUUGGCAGCACCUGAAAGCCCAGCACCAUAUGUUUUAUUGUCCAAUAUAUAUUCUUCUGAAGGGAGAUGGAAAGAGAGAGCAAGGACUAUUAAGAGAAUGAGGGAGAUGGGGGUGUCAAAGGAAAUAGGUAUGAGUUGGAUUGAGAUUGAAAAGAAAGUCCAAAGCUUUGUUGUUGGUGACAAAAUGCAUGCACAAUCUGGAAACAUAUAUGGGGUUUUGGCUGAGUUGUUUAGACACAUGACAGCUGAAGGAUAUGCUCCAGAUAAGAGGUUCAUUCUCUAUUACUUGGAUCAAGAUGGGAAGGGAGAGCCAUUGGUUUGAUACCACUCAAAUAUUUCUAAUAUUCUGUGUUCAGUCUAAUAAUGUCUAUGUAAUUGGAUGGUUGGAUUAUUAGCUGGUUGGUGAUUUAAAAGUUGGUUGAGCUUCUAACAUUCACUAUCUUUCAUAGAAACAAAGUUUUGGCAAGUGUUGUAUCUGUAUAUACUCAUGGUUUAUGUUAGCUGUU